CUGCCUGCGGCCCCGGCCGGUGCUCGCCCGGAGUCCGGGGAGCCGCGGUGCGAUGUGCAGGGCGCAGGGGGACGCCGUGGCCGGGCGGCGCGGGUGGCGGCUGCCCGGGACCCUGCUGCUGCUGCUGGCCUACGUGGGUUACCUGCUGCUGGGCAGCACGGCGUUCUGGGCGCUGGAGGGGCCCGCCGAGCGCCACUCGGCGCAGCAGCUGCUGCAGGGCAAGUGGGAGCUGCUGGGCAAUUACACGUGCCUGAAGGGGCCGGCCCUGGAGCGCCUCGUUCAGGAUAUCAUCAAGGCCUAUAAGAGCGGCCUCACCCUCCAGGGAAACUCCACCAGUCUGGGGAGAUGGGACUUUGAUGGUUCUUUCUUCUUCUCCAUCUCUGCGAUAACCACCAUCGGCUAUGGGAACCUGAGCCCCAGCACUGUGAGUGCUCAGAUCUUCUGCACCUUCUUUGCCCUCUUUGGGAUCCCUUUGAACCUCAUCCUCCUGAACCGGAUUGGGCAGCUGAUGCUGUCUGGGGUUCAGCGAUGUGCCAAGCGCCUGGGGGAGAAGCUGCGCUGGCAGGAGGCAGCAGCCAUACUGACAAGGACCUGUGCGCUGGUGACUGGCUUGUUGCUGUUCCUCCUGCUACCCCCAUUUCUGUUCUCUGUGAUAGAAGGCUGGACCUAUGCAGAAGGAUUCUACUAUUCCUUCGUUACCCUCAGCACAAUAGGCUUUGGAGAUUAUGUGAUUGGGAUGAACCCAGACCUCACCUACCCUUCCUGGUACAAGAACCUGGUAUCUGUGUGGAUCCUCUUUGGGAUGGCCUGGCUGGCCCUGGUCAUCAACCUGUGCAUCACCUUGCUAGAGAACUCUAGUGACCUCUGCCAGUGCGGCAAGAAGAAGAGCAAAGAGCUGGAGCAGGAGUUAAUGGAUUGCAACAAAAAUUGCAGCCCGAGGCCUGAUGAUGUGGAGAACGGCAGCAGCAAGGACACAAAACCUGAAGGCACAAACUGAAUGGCACGCAUAGAGCUCUCUGAGACAGUGUGAACUUUGCAGAAGGAACAUCUGAUGGACUAGUCCUCUUUGGUGUGCCAGGAGUUGUAGCACUGUUCUGCUUAGAAUGCUUGGCAUAGAGUUCAGCCAGACAGCAGAAUUGAGUUUGGGGAGACUCUACUGUGAAUCAAGUGAUUGAAAUAAAAUGUUGCAUUUUCA